UGGAAAACAAAAAUAUAUAAAUACAAGAAAAUAUUCAGUGUGAACACGUGGGAUCAGACAUUGACCUCAUUAGACACAAAGUCAGAGGAGGAUUUAUAAGCCACUCAUUUCCAAUCAUUUAAAGCUCAACAGGGCUUCAUCAUCACAAGCAGGACCGUAGAUGACUUAGAACCGACACACCCAAGAGGACAACAUCAUCUGCUGCACUGAGGACAGAAAAGGUUUCACAGGUUUUACGAUGAAUUUAUUCAACUCUGCUCUCGGGAAAAACAUCACUUUUGUGCGUCCUGCUUAUUUCAUAAUAAGCGGUUUCUCUGGCAUACCUAAUUUCAAGUAUUACUAUGUCUUCCUCUGUUUUGUUUAUAUUGUUUCAGUGCUUGGGAAUACAGUUGUGAUGGCAGUAAUAUACUUGGAUCGUAAUCUAAGAACUCCUAAAUAUAUUGCAGUUUUUAAUUUAGCAUUUGUGGACUUGUUGGGUAGCUCUGCUCUCGUGCCGAAGCUUCUUGACAUCUUUCUGUUUAACCAUCGCUACAUCUCCUACAAUGACUGCUUGACGUAUCUUUUUUUCUGUUUCACAUGUCUUUCCGUGCAGGUUUUUAAUCUGGUUGCGCUCUCCUAUGACAGAUUAAUUGCCAUUAUGUACCCACUGCACUAUCAUAGGAAGGUCACACACAGGUUCAUGCUGUCUUUGAUUGUCUUUUUCUGGGUCUUUGCAAUUAUUGCUGAUCUUGUUGCUGUUGGUCUUCUUACCAGACUUUCCUUCUGCAGGUCUGUCGUUAUUAACAGUUAUUUCUGUGAUCAUGGCCAGAUGUUCAGGUUGGCCUGCAAUGACUUCACACCCAGCCAUGUCCUUGCUCUGUUCCUAAUAGUUCUAGUUGUUUGGUUUCCACUCUCAUUUAUCGUGUUAAGUUAUGUAUGUAUUGGUUAUGCUUUGUCUAAAGUGGCCACAGCUCAGGAAAGAUACAAGGCCUUUAAAACCUGCACAGCUCAUCUCUCACUAGUGGCAAUCCAUUUCAUCCCCACAUUAAUCAUAUACACCCAGUUGGAAAGAAUUCCUCCAAAUGCCAGGAUCAUAAACUUUUCUCUGGCCUCCAUUUUUCCUCCAAUGCUAAACCCAAUCAUUUAUGUUCUGCAGACACAAGAAAUCAAAGCAUCAGUGAAAAAAAUACUAAAAGUCAGAAAGGAAUCCAAAAUGAAAGUGAAGAAAGUAAUCAUAAAAUGAUAACUUUUGUUCAUAUUUUGGGCUUUGUGUUGAGAAUUUUGGUUUUGUACAUUAAAAUAAUAUAACACUUGACUUUUCUGAACCACUGUUAUUCUUUUAUUACAACCUUCCCUCACAUGAAACCUCCCCAACCGUUCAAAGACGUACCAACUUUUAUCAAAGAACUUUGUUGUGAAGCACCUACAGAAUUUGCAAAUACUUUGGACCUGAAUACCUACAUAUUAUUAGGUAGUAUUUCUAAGAUGAGGGAUACAAAUUUUAACAAAUGUUUUGAUAUAUUUACGCAGUGUGGCAACCCAGGGGGAGGGAGGCCAGCUCCCUGCAUAAAAUAAGCGGCUCGGAGGCAGGAAGUGCAAAACAAAAAGGGUCCUUUUAAUAUUAUGGUCAAAAUAAAGGCUCUUUACGCCAAACUGAAGUAGAAGUAGCUCUCCAGCGCUGGGCUAGUGACUCCAGUUUAUUCCAUCCCUCCUACGUCCUGUGAGGGGUAGAGAAGAGACGAGGAGUGAGUCCUGUGGUUACUUCAUCUCUGCUACUGGGUCUCCUCUGUGUGUCCUUGAGUCGGCCUCGCUCCCUACAUGUAUCCUCCACCUCUAAUUACCUGAUGGCUCGCAGGUGUGACCAAUGCCACGUUCCCAGUGGCUGCAGCACCUGCACAGGAUAAUAUAUCCCCUUUAUUACCUCCCCCAAUCGGAGCUUGGAGAUCCGUCUCCUGUGCUUGGUUCCUCCACCUGGUUCACCACAGCAGAAAGAGGUUGUCAGCAAGGUAUGAAGACCAAAAAUGACUACUAUAACCGAUUGUAAGUCUCUUAUUAUGUCAAUGCACUAUGGCUUGAUGCACAUUAUUAUUUUUGCCUGGACGGCUGUUAUGAAGCAACCAGAUUGUUAUCAAAAAGGUUUUUGCGUUUUUCAUGGCUUUUUCUGUUAUAUUUCUAAAAGAUAAAUUGGAGUAGAAGGAACAUUUCCAUUUAAAUAAACAUAUCAGGAGUGUUGGUGUCGUCUGUUCUUUAUGUGUACUGUUGCUGCCUUUUGGCUGACUUCUCCCGACUAGAUCAGUUAAAGGCAAGUUACACACAGACGACACACAAGUGAAGGUUUUGAAUUAUCAACUAGAAUCAUCAGUGGAAUAUUAACGCUGCAUCUCCAAAAAGACAGAGUAAAUGUGUCAUAAUGCACAAUUUAAUAUUGGAUCAUCACCCUCUUGUCACAGCGUAGCAUCACAUUGUUAAAACCAGAUGAGAGAUGACUUUAUUUUACUUAUUUUCUGUAACUACUGUAGUAUUAAAGCAUGAAACAAAUAACAUGCUAACUAGCAGACUGCUGUAUAGUAAAAAGGCCUCUCUUGGAGCAUCAGUAACACUUUAGUGCUGAGAGUGGUAAUGCAGUAAGGGAGACGACAUGAGCCUUUCAAAUUUUGAACUUUAUUUUUACAUUUUGUUGUUAAUCAGAGCAGGUUAGUGGAGAAGCAAGUUCAAUGUUUGUGUAAAUGUAGUGCGAUAAGUUUUUAAGACUGAAAAGGAGUUGGUCUGAUCCCAAGUCUGAACACGUAGGAUCAGACAUUGAUAAAUUGCCAUCAUGCCCCCUCUGCACUAUCAUAUGAAGGUGACCAACAGGUUCAUGCUGUGUUUGAUUGCCUCUUUCUGGGUUUUUGUAAUUGUUCUUCAUCUC